AUGAGCGGAACGGUUGUCAUCACCGGAGCCAAUGGCUCCCUGGCCCUUGGCUUCGUCGAGACUUUCCUAUCGAAGUAUCCUCACCAUACACUGGUAGCCACCGUUCGAAACCCAUCUCCAGAGAAAGACCCCAACACGGCCAAGCUUCUGAGCCUAGUUUCCAAGUACCCAGCAGCCAAGGUUCACCUUGAAGCCCUCGACCUCGGCAACUUAGCUGGUGUUCGUUCCUUCGCUGAGAAGCUAGCCGUCCAGAUCUCCUCAAAGGAACUUCCGCGCAUCGCAGCGAUCGUCUGCAACGCCUGCACAUGGUCGCUUGAGUCGGGGCAGAAGUUUACGUCGGAUGAUUACGAGGCUACCUUCCAAGUUUGCCAUCUAUCUCAUUAUUUACUGGUCCUGAAGCUGCUCGGUAGCAUGGACACCACAUCUGGACGCAUCGUUAUGCUCGGCUCCAUCACUACUUAUGCCGAUAAACCUAAUCCCUUGUCUUCGCUUGGACCAUGCUUUCCUAACGACUUUGAAGAGCUGGUUAAGCCGUCAACGGACCCACCGAAGCUUGUCCACGAUAGGGGAUUCCAAAGAUACGCAACCGCAAAACUUGCAAACGUCACGUUUGCAAAUGACCUCAACAAACGACUCCAGAAGGAUUCCAAGCUAUCAAACAUAACCGUAACAGCCAUGGACCCCGGUGGCCUCCCCUCAUCCAGAGCCCAAGCAGGCCAGAAGAAAUCUGCUAGGAUUCUAAUGGCGACAAUAAACCAGCUCAUGCCGGUCCUCAAGCACUUCAUUACAGCAUUCCGCACUACGGAAGAUGCUGGACGAGACCUGGCCACUGUGAGCAUUGAUCCGGCAUUUCAGGGUAAGAGGGGGUAUUAUGUUGGCCAGAAGUUGGACACUGCAGCGCCGGUUAGUCAAGAUGCUAGUAUGCAGAAGCAGCUCUGGGAGGGGUGUUGGAGGUGGGCAGGCCUUACGCCCGCGGAGACAGCUCUUCAGAAUAUCUAA